AUGGCAAGCGGAAGAAUUGUUGUAUACGGAGGACGUGGAGCUUUGGGUGCGGCUUGCGUAAAUCACUUUAAGAAAGCAAACUUUUGGGUGGCAAGCGUAGAUCUAAAUCCAAAUGAUAGUGCAGAUGUAAAUAUUACAGUACCUAAAGAUGCUUCGUGGGUUUCACAAGAGGAACACGUUGUAAAUGAACUAGGAGCAGCUUUGCAAGGUCAGAAAGUGAAUGCGGUAAUUUGUGUGGCUGGUGGCUGGGCUGGUGGUAACGCGGCCAAGGAUUUAAGCAAACAGGCUGACCUCAUGUGGAGGCAAUCAGUUUGGAGUUCAACAAUCGCAGCAACAAUUGCAUCUAAAUAUUUAAGUCCUGGUGGACUAGUAGCUUUAACAGGAGCAAAAGCUGCUUUAGAAGGGACUCCGGGUAUGAUUGGUUAUGGUUUAGCAAAGGCUGCUGUCCAUCAACUUACAAAAUCAUUGGGUGCUAAGGAUUCAGGGUUACCUGACAACUCUCUGGCGGUUGCUAUACUUCCUGUAACAUUGGAUACAGAAAUGAACAGGAAAUGGAUGCCUAAGGCGGACUUUGGCUCAUGGACACCCUUAAACUAUGUUGCUGCAUUAUUUGAGAAGUGGUUGAAGGGAGACGAAAGGCCCCCAAGUGGAAGCUUAGUUGCACUUGUAACUAAAGAUAAUGUAACCGAUUUAAUCAUACAA